CCUGGCGGUGGCUGCGGCUCCUCCUCCCGCUGCUCCUCCGGGCCCGGGCGUCUCCGCGGACGGGAAAGCGACAGCGCAGAACGCAGAGCGCAGAGUGCAGAGCCCAGCCCCACCCCACCCCACCGGACCGGACCGGACCGUCGGUAGCCCGGAGCAGCCAGGCCAGGCCGGGGCCGCCAUGUCCCACCCCAGCGCCCCUCCUCCCUACGACGACCGCAACCCCCUGUACCCGCCCGGGGGCUACCCCCAGCCCGGGGGCUACCCCCAGCCCGGGGGCUACCCCCAGCCCGGGGGCUACGGGCCCCCGGCCGGAUACCCGCAGCCCAUGCCCUCCAUGCCCAGGAUGCCCAUGGAUUUUGGCCGCGGCGAGAGCUACGGGGGCGAGGGCGCCAGCAGGAGCGACAACUUUGCCGCCGGAGAAUGGGACGACCGCACGGUCCGCCACGCCUUCAUCCGCAAGGUUUAUGCCAUCAUCUCGGCCCAGCUGUUUGUCACCGUGGGCAUCAUCGCCAUCUUCACCUUUGUGGAACCCGUCAACACCUUUGUGAAGAAGAAUCGGGCCGUCUACUACGCGUCCUAUGCCGUGUUCUUCGGGACGUACAUGACUCUGGUUUGCUGCCAGGGGCCUCGGCGCCGCUUCCCCUGGAACAUCAUCCUCCUGUCCAUCUUCACUCUGGCCAUGGGCUUUAUGACGGGUACUAUAGCCAGCAUGUACAGCACCAAGGCCGUCCUCCUGUCCAUGCUCAUCACUGCCAUCGUCGCCGUGAUCGUCACCAUCUUCUGCUUCCAGACCAAGGUUGACUUCACCUCGUGCGCCGGGCUCUUCUGCGUGCUGGGCAUCGUCGUCAUGGUGACGGGCAUCAUCACGGCCAUCGUGCUUUCCUUCAAAUACGUGUACUGGCUGCACAUGCUAUACGCAGCAAUAGGCGCCAUUGCCUUCACCCUGUUCCUGGCCUACGACACGCAGCUGAUCCUGGGCAACCGUAAGCACACCAUCAGCCCCGAGGACUACAUCACCGGCGCCAUCCAGAUCUACACCGACAUCGUCUACAUCUUCACCUUCCUCCUGCAGAUCGUGGGGCGGGACUGAGGCCCGCGGCCCCCGCCCCCCGACCCCCCGACCCCCCGACCCCCGUGCAGGGCCGGGGUCACCGGGCCUGGUCGGGUGGCGGGGGGGGGGGGAGCCCCCCUCUGGCAUCUCCCCCAGCCCCCCUCCGCUCCUCCUUUCCCCAGACAGAAGCCCCCGCCCCACAGGACCGAGGGAAAGGGAAAACCAUCACCCCGCCUUACUUCCUGUCCUCAGUUUCCCCCCCUCCCCAGAGGGCCCUAUCGGCCGGAA